UUUAUUUGAGAAAGACAAAAUCCUUUAUAAAAAAUUACACCUUAUUUACCAUACCUACUUUUAGUAAAGUGUGCUAAUUAUAUACUUAAUUGAUAUUAGUAUGUGCGUUUAGUCUUUGAAAUUAAUUAUUUUGUACGGAACUGCGUAAAGUGUAAACUGUAAAGUGUAGUACCUAUCCUUAACAGGCGAGCGCACUUACAUCAGUUUCAGUUAUCUUCAUCAUCAACUGAAAUGUCUCAGGAACUAAAGGAACUCUGUCAAUUAAUUUUCCCAAGCUCACCUACAGAAAAUGUCAUAUUUUUUAGCGAAGUCAGUGAUUACAUCAAAAAAUUGGGUUCUCAGAAUUGGGACUAUAUUCGGAAAGAACCAGAAAGGCUUACUGAGGAGAUGAAGCACUUAACAGAGCAGACCCAGGAAUUAGCAUUCACAAAUUACAAGACUUUUGUUGAAACUGCAGAAAUAUCCCGUACUAUAAUUAAGGAUCUUAAUAGAUCAAAGCAAUCCUUACAGAAUUUUCUUGAUGCUACUCCUGGUUUUAUUGAAGAGAGCGAAAGGUUUUCGCAGAUGGCUGGUACCAUUGUGAAAGAGAAAAGUCGAUAUAGCACUAUCAGAAAUCAAAGUGAUAAGUUGUUAGAACUUCUUGAACUGCCGUCGUUGAUGCGAGAGGCUUUAAAUGCUGAAGAUUAUGAAAGUGCAUUAGAUAUAUUCACUUUUGUUCGAAAUUUAAGUAAAAGGUACUCUGUGAUACCAAUUGUUCAGAAUACAACAAAUGAGAUAAUGACAUUAUGGUUUGAAACACUGUAUCAUCUCUUCAAUCAGCUUCGUUAUGAUUUACCGCUUCCUCAGUGCCUACAAAUAUUAGGUUACCUGCGCAGAGCAAACACAGUUUACAAAUCAACAGAUGAAGAAGAAAACAGUAUGCAGUCUAUAAUAGGGAACAAAAAUACAAGUUCUGAUGGAUUACACUUACAUUUCUUAAAAGCGAGAAAUGCUUGGUUUGAAAAAGCUUUAGUUGAUGCUAGAAAUUCUGAAUCAUCUGAUAAAGUUCUAAGAAGAAUUGUGGAAUUGCAUAGAAUACAUCUCUUCAAUGUAUUAACCCAGCAUAAAUCAAUUUUCUUAUCUGAUGCUCAAGAAUCCAAAGCAAGAGAUGAUGAAUUGAGUGGAAACAGUGCUCUAUCAAACUGGUUAAAAUUAAAGGUGGAGAUUUUCGCGCAUAUUUUAAACCAAAAUUUGGGUAAAGAAGAUGAAGCUAAUUUCGAAUCACUUUUGAACCAAUGUAUGUACCUUUGUCUUUCGUUCGGAAGAGUCGGCGCUGACAUGCGGUGUGUCUUAACGCCGCUGUUUCGCGACUGCAUACUAAAGCAAUUCCAUUCAAGUCUUGAUAAAGUCAGUGAUCACUUUGAGCAACAAAUGCGUGCAUACAAAGUUCCUAGUAUCAAAAACUAUCCAAGACCAAUUACGGAAACGGCAAAGGGUCCUCCCGAAAACCUCCUUGAUUACUAUCCACUAGCAGAGUACUGCAAUGGAAUGCUUACAGUCUUGAAUUCUUUAAGAGUUACAGCUCCAUUAAACAUAGCUAAAGAAGUGUAUAACUCAUAUAAAGAAUCAUUAAACAGUACAGUCCAAGUAUUGUUAAAUUUCUAUUACAGAGAACAACAAGGAUUUACUGAUGUGGAGAGACAAAAUUACGUAUCAUUGUGUCUUUCCUUUAGAGAUGAUUUAAUACCUUACAUCACUAAAUGUUUAUCUCAAUCGUUCCCUUCAACACAAAUAGCAGAGUUGCUAGGUGUUACUUUGACUGUUCUUCAAGACAGUAAAAUUUUGUACAUAGACCUCCAUGCAAUGUGUGAACCUUUAAAUGUCAUUACUGGUUCAAAUUAAAUAUCUAAACUAUAUGAUAAUAUUUAAUAAAAUAAAAUAUGAAUAAUAUGUAUAUUAAUUGUUAUAAAAAUAAACAAUAUUACUUUUAGA